AUGCCAUUGAAGCCAUUCUUGGGAGCUUACAAGUUCUCCAAACAUCCCGUGUCGAUUUAUCACAUUCCCGUCGAAAAACCUCGUGGUCCGUUAUUGGUGUUCAUUCCGGGAAACCCCGGGAUUGUUGAUUUUUACGUCCCUUACUUGAACCAGCUCCAUACCAAUUUCCAGCUCGAAACCCUUUGUAUUUCCCACAUUUCUCAUGAUUGCCUGUCGAUGGAAGAUGGAGAUUUGGGGUUCAAGAACUCGUUGAAGAAGAUUGUCACUGGGAAAAACAGUGAUAUCUACGGGCUCGACACCCAAAUCCUGUCAAAGAUUGAAAUCAUCAACAAUUUUCUCGAACAUCAAAAUGGUGAUCUCAACUCCCCGAAAGUUGGCAAUUCUAGAGACGUGAUUGUGUUUGGUCAUUCUGUUGGCUCGUACAUGGUGCAACGGGUGGUGAACCAACUAUCUCCUAAAGCCCUGGUGAAGUUUGUAGGGUUGGUGUUUCCAACGAUCAUCGAUAUUGGUAAAUCAGAUUCUGGGGUAUCUUUGACCAGAGCCACGAAAUUAUUGCCGAACCUUCAUAACUAUGUGUCAUUUUUCACGUUACUCUUCAUGUUUCUUCCGAGUGCAAUGAUCAGUUGGAUGAUUCGUUCGGUAAUGCGUCCUGCUGGCGAUGCGGAAACCACGGUCAAGUGUGUCAAGAAACUCGUAUGUCAUCCUCUAGUGGUUCGUCAAGCCCUUGGGCUUGGAAAAGAGGAGAUGGGGGUCAUUAAGAGAGACCUUGAUUUCAAUGAUGAUUUCUUCGACACCGCAAAACAUGAUUACAAAGUAUGGUGUUUCUUUGCUCAGAAUGAUCAUUGGGUGGCCCAUAGCACCAGAGACGCGAUCAAGGCCCGGUAUUUCAAUGAUCAAGAUGACACCAAGCAUUAUCAAAUGUGUGAUGAAGAAGAGGAUCAUUUGAAAUUGAAGCAUAGCUUUGUGAUCAAUCACACUGACCAAUUUGUGAAGAUCACCUCGGCAGCGUUGAAGAGGAUGUUGGGUAUUUGA